UGCGCGUUGUUCUGUGACCAUUCGCAGAAGAUCUAUAAAGUUGUCAAGAUGUACAAGUUCUUGUGUUUGUUGGCUUUAGUAGCCUUGCCCAUCGUUUGGAUCCAGGCAGACUGCAAUGUGUGUCAAUCGAAUGGAGCAUCCUGCAUAAACCAGACCGCGUAUAAUUUGUGCUUCGGCGGCACUGAGCCGAAUACCAACCAGACCUUCAUCUGCACCGACGGCCUGGUGUGCACGGACCAGCCUGUGAUUUGCUUCCAGCGGAGCGAAAAUCCCGCCAGUUGCGGGGACACGGACAGCUGUGGCCAGUGUGCUCCCAACUACACCUUCGCCUGCACCUCGCUUAACACUUUCGCCUUCUGCUUCGGUGCCACAACGCCCACAAGUGUCACGGGAAGCUGCCCAGAUGGCUACUUCUGCGACGCCUCCACUCAGGAGAUAUGCGUGACGAAGACCACUGAUGAUUCCAUUAUCUGCCACAAGAAUUAACAAAGCUGUGCUAUGUAAAUAUUUUGAGCCGGUGAGGACAGUCGUUUAUAUAACAAAACAUUACAAUUAUAAUAUGCCUCUCAACAUAUUAUUUGUAAUGCAAAUUUAAUUGUAAAAGCAAGUUGUAAUUUUAA